UUGCACCGUGCAGGACGCCUCAUGUUAGGAAACCUGUUACACGCUGCGCAUGUGACGGCAGGCCGCCGCGGUGCCGGGUCCUCCUCCGCAGAUUAAUGAGCGGGCGCACUCGCUGCUCCCCGGGAGGCUCGUGCUGGCUGUCUGUGAUGAGGAUAUUGCGACAAUGGUGAAGGACAAGGCCGAGAACCGGACACUUCAGUAUCAGCAAACUUUGAUGUCCGGGCGCUACACCCAGGAGCUGGGUGCGUAUGCCCAGGAGGAAGCGGCCCGCCUGCGGGAUGGAGUGGCGCGGGACGGCGCGGGCCUGCGGAGGAACACCAGUGUUCGCAGUCGUGCUGCAGAUCUGCUGGAGUACGAGAAGGACCCCUGUGCCAAGUGCCAUUUGUGUGCGUCUCGAUGCCAGAAGUUCCUGAUCUCGCGGGUGGGGGAGGACUGGAUCUUCCUCAUCCUGCUGGGGCUGCUCAUGGCUCUGGUCAGCUGGGUCAUGGACUACGCCAUCGCCUUCUGCCAACAAGCACAGAAGUGGAUGUAUGGAGGACUGGACAGUAACAUGCUCCUGCAGUACAUCGCGUGGGUCACCUACCCUGUAGUGCUCAUCACGUUCUCAGCAGGAUUCACACAGAUACUGGCGCCUCAGGCUGUGGGUUCAGGUAUUCCUGAGAUAAAGACGAUACUCAGGGGGGUGGUCCUGAAGGAGUACCUGACCUUUAAGACGUUUGUGGCCAAAGUCAUCGGUCUGACCUGCGCUCUGGGCAGCGGGAUGCCUCUGGGAAAGGAGGGACCCUUUGUUCACGUGGCCAGUCUGUGCGCAGCCCUGCUGAGCAAAUUCAUGGCUCCUCUUUUCGGUAGAGUUUACACGGAAGAGCCCUUUGAGGGAAGCAAGAACGAGCUGAGGAACACGGAGAUGUUGUCGGCUGCCUGUGCCGUGGGCGUGGGCUGCUGCUUCGCUGCCCCUAUUGGAGGGGUGCUGUUCAGCAUCGAGGUCACUUCUACGUUCUUUGCUGUGAGGAACUACUGGAGGGGCUUCUUCGCCGCCACGUUCAGCGCCUUCAUAUUCAGAGUGCUGGCGGUGUGGAACCAGGAGGAAGAGACCAUCACCGCUCUCUUUAAGACACGUUUCCGUCUCGACUUCCCGUUUGACCUUCAGGAGCUGCCGGCGUUCGCCAUCCUUGGGAUUGCCUGUGGUUUUGGUGGCGCUCUGUUUGUCUACCUGAACCGGCUGAUUGUGGAGUGCAUGAGGAAGCAGAAGACUAUUCACAAACUAUUGCUGAGGAAGCGUCUGGUGUAUCCCGCGCUCGUCACCCUGCUGGUCACCACGAUCACGUUCCCGCCGGGCUUCGGGCAGUUCAUGGCCGGACAGCUGACGCAGCACGAGUCUCUCGUCGCGCUGUUUGACAACCGCACGUGGUGCCGCCAGGGCGUGGCGGAGGAGUUUGACUACAUCAGCCACCACCAUGCCUGGAAACACCCACAGGUCAACGUCUUCGUCACUCUCAUCCUCUUCAUCGUCAUGAAGUUCUGGAUGUCCGCUGUGGCCACCACCAUGCCGGUUCCCUGCGGCGCCUUCAUGCCAGUGUUUCUUAUUGGCGCAGCAUUUGGCCGACUUGUCGGAGAGGUCAUGGCAACGAUGUUUCCCGACGGCAUACAUGCCAACGGCAGCGUGUAUCCCAUCGUCCCCGGUGGUUACGCUGUCGUUGGGGCUGCGGCGUUGUCUGGAGCCGUCACCCACACUGUGUCCACAGCCGUCAUCGUGUUUGAGCUGACCGGUCAGAUCUCCCACAUUCUGCCCGUGAUGAUCGCCGUGAUCCUGGCCAACGCCGUGGCCCAGUCGCUCCAACCGUCACUGUACGACUCCAUCAUCCGCAUCAAGAAACUCCCGUAUCUGCCUGAACUGGGCAUGGGAUACCACGAGAAGUAUAAUAUCCGUGUGGAGGACAUCAUGGUUAAGGAUGUGCGCUACGUCACUCUUACCUCUUGCUAUCGGGACCUGCAGGCGAUGCUGGUGACCGGUCAGCUCAAAACAAUGGCCCUGGUUGAGUCCCGGGACUCCAUGAUCCUGCUGGGCUCCAUCGAGCGACUGCAGCUCCAGUCGCUGCUCUCUCUCCAGCUGGGCCGCCUGCGGAGGCUGGAGUACCUCCAGCAGCUGGCCCAGGACAACGGCGCCCACGAUCACCUGGCCAGCCUGACCACCGACAGCACGCCCAGCUCCCCCUGCGCCCGCAUCAACUCCUCCACCAACACCAACGCUCGGCAAGCGGUCCGCUUCCUGAUCUCCACAGAGGAGUCUGCCUCUUUCAGCCCAGUGGCUACCAAUGUUCAACUGCCUCUGAAAUCUGCCAUGAAAACUGUGUCAGCCAUCAGCGACACAGAGACUCCAAAUUGCUCUCAGACCCUGUCCUGUGCUGACCAGGACAAGGAGCUGCUGGAGAGUCCGGCUGGUCCGGCUCCUCCAGAAAAAAUACCCAAACGCGUGAGGAUCUCCAUGGCGGACUCCUCUGAAGUGGAAGAUGCCAUGACCCCAACAGACGUAGCGGAGUGGGAGGAGCAGCAGCUCGACGAGCCGGUGGAUUUCAAGAACUGCAAGAUUGAUCCCGCUCCCUUCCAGCUGGUGGAACAAACAUCUCUGCAUAAGACCCACACUAUCUUCUCUCUGCUGGGUCUGGAUCACGCCUACGUAACCAGCAUGGGAUGUCUGGUUGGAGUGGUCUCUCUCAGAGAGCUGCGUAAGGCCAUCGAGGGCUCAGUGACGGUGACCGGAGUAAAAGUGCGCCCUCCGUUGGCCAGUUUCCGGGACAAUGGGAACAGCACGAACGUAUCCGAGGUAACGGAACUGCACAAGCUGUGUAUCCGCCACCGGGGGCUCUCGUUGCCACGGGAGCCCAACCCCCCGGACGUGGAGGACCAGCCGGACCUCCCGUACAAAGAGAUCCCCGUCACCUUCUCGGACCAGUCGAGUUUGCAGUUUGAAACCAGCCCCGGGGACGUCUCAAGUCAGUCGUCGGAGUUGGUGCUCCAGGAGAGCCCCUCGUUCACCGAGGACCCCUCCGAGUUUACUUUUGACUGCAGCCCCUCCCACACUGAGGAAUCAGAGCUGGCCUGUGACUAUGACCCCCCCGGCCACACUGCUGAGCAGUACGACACGGAGCCGGGACAGGGGAGUCCAGCUCUGACCGAGGGCCAAUCAGAACCUGAGGGAGAGGGUAUCCCCGUCCACACGGAGGACCAAUCAAAAUGACCAGAGGGGCGCCACGCCGCCGCCUCCUGAAUGUUGACGUUUCUUACGUUUGUAGAGGUGCCUCUGGCCUCCGAGUCCAGCCUAGAUACCUGUGUUUCUAACGUUGUCGUGGCGUGAGCGAGUGAGAGUGAGUGAGCGGGAGCGGACGUGACAUCCUUUACCGUGUUUCAAACUGUGCGAAUGCCCGUUUUUAAAGGACCGCGCCGGUUUUAUUCUGAAUUUAUCAACAAAUCCCAUGAAAAAAACCCAAACCAACAACGACUGACUUCCCCGUAACAUCUGUGGCUCUUUGAUCCCAUUGAACGCCUCUGAACAGCCACACAGGUGUCUGCGGUCCUUCUGGCUGAUCAGGGGGAAGGCUUUGAUGGGAGUUCAGUCAGGUUACAAGUCGUCACCCACCUGCACACAUGGUAACGGUGUCAUUUGUGGAACAGGUGCAUCAAAGCGAACAGGAGACACGUGAAAGAUGUCAGAUAAAACCUUUUUGUGGAUCCAGAGGAACGUGUGAAGCGAAGCUUGAGAACAUCUCGUGAUGGACCUCGAGGUGAGCCGACUGGAGGCAGCGGAGCUCAGAUUCCUCCAACGGGCAUAAAUGAUGCAUCCAUUGCAGCCACAGAUGUGUCAACGUGUGACUUAUUCAAUUCAAUUCAGUUCAUUUGUAUAGCCCAAUUUCACAAAUUACAAAUUUGUCUCGGAGUGCUUUACAAUCUGUACACAUAGACAUCCCUGCCCCAAAACCUCACAUCGGACCAGGAAAAACUCCCAAAUAACCCUUCAGGGGGAAAAAAAGGGAAGAAACCUUCAGGAGAGCAACAGAGGAGGAUCCCUCUCCAGGAUGGACAGAACAAUAGAUGUCAUGUGUACAGAAGGACAGAUUUAGAGUUUAAAUACAUUCAAUGAAUAUGACAGAGUGUAUGAAUAGUUCAUAGUAGGCAUAUUCCACGAUGGAGACCUCCACGAUCCAUCAGGCUGAUGGUGGUGGGGAGGAGGAGUGGGCGGAGUCUCAACAGUGGGCGGAGUCUCAACAGGACAGUGGCGUAGUCAGGAGCAGGAAUUCCACGACCCAGACCUCGAUGAUCCAUCAGGCAGAUAGGAUCUAUGCCGUCUCAUAGGGUCCGAUGACCCCAUGAGACGUGAAGUCAAAAGGACUCCGGGGAGUUAGUAACAUGUGAUUGAGAGAUGAAAAUUCAUCCCUAAGGAGAGAAAAGAGGAGAUAGGUACUCAGUGCAUCCUAAAACGUCCCCCGGCAGCUAUAAGCCUAUAGCAGCAUAUCAAGGGGCUGGACCAGGUGAACCUGAUUCAGCCCUAACUAUAAGCUCUGUCAAAGAGGAAAGUCUUUAGUCUACUCUUAAACGAGGUGACUGUGUCUGCCUCCCAGACUGAAGGUGGAGGCUGGUUCCAUAAAAGAGGAGCUUGAUAACUAUGACAUGUGUGAUCCUUUAAUGAGGGAGCACGCCGCUCAGUGCCGCCAUUUGGAUAUUUCUUUGGGAGAUUUGUUGAUAAUGAGAACAACAGGGAAUGUCGUCCGCCGUCUGUUUUGAAUGUGUGUUUGCGAGAGAGAUUCUUCACGCUCGCAUCCGAUCCACUGACUCUUUAAACGCACUCAUGCCAAAAUAACAUCCUGUAAACAUUACUUCGAGAACAUGUGAGAGAAAUGACGCACACAAAGAAUAAAAGAAAAGCACAGAAGAACAUAGACGGUGGUUCCAACGAGCACACGAUGGGAUGAACGCAAACUACUUCCACCGCCUGCUCCGAAUACAUCAUAUGGCACGAAUUAAUGGCUAAUAAUAUUACGUUAUAGGGGUUAUAUGUCGGCUGAGAUGCAAUACGUUUAGAGGAAUACUGCAGUAAAGGGGGCUUUAAUAGCAACAGUGUGAUGAGUUGGUCCAGACACCUUUCUCAGUCUAUCUUUUCUUCUCACUACCAAAUACUCGUGUCCGUAUCAGCCCCCGAAAUCCCCAAAUCAACUGCGAUCUACAGUUACAGAGGCAGCUUCCAAAGGUCCAGCAAGCAGAUACUGGAGAAGCACAUUGUAAUUACCAUGAGGAGUGAAGUGUCAUGCACCCGUCGCCUGCUCUCGGCUCUUGGAGGAGGCGGAUUCCAUCCGGGCGACGGCGAGCGCCAGACGUGUCACUUUUACGGCCUCUUCAUCUUCUGCCUCGCCAACUUAAUGUGUGUUUAAUGUGUUUCCAGCACGACAAAGGAACUACACUUGAGCUCAGAUUGAAAGAAAGAUACUGGGUGUUGUACAAAGCACACACACACACACACAUUAUUAUAGGGCCACGCGUAUGCGGCCUGUAGAUAUUAACUCUGUGAUAUGUCACGCGUAUCUUUAUGACAGAGUACAUUUAAUCCAGCCUGGCCUCUUGAUGCAAUGUGGAGAAAUGUACCUGAAGCACAGCGGUAACCACGGCGAUGUCGUGGAGCAAAGAGUGUGCGCGAGACCCUCAAAUGGAUGUCAGUAUUUCAGCUUCAUGCCGUUGCAUUUUUGAGCCAUAUUUCUUCUCUAUAUUGUGUGAUCUCAUCACAGCACCCCAACUCUGGUUCAUUUGUGUCCGUGUAACCAUCCGCGCGACCGUUUUAUUCCCGUCUUGACUUUUGGUUUGCGUAUAGAAUGUGAAGUAGUGCUCGCCAUAUAAGAUAACGAAUAAGGCGUUAAGUAUAGAGAGUGUAUAAGCUCAUUUGCAGCGUAUCUAGUGAAGCAAUAAGUCUAGUAUCUCCCUUUAUAUGGCCCGGGCCUGUAUAUGCCUUGUACAUAUGAAAAUACACGGAUGAGAUCUACGAACAUGCUAUUGUACAUAGGAGAAUUAUGCAUUUAAAAUCCAACAGCCAUUGUUAUUUUUCAGAGAACACAAAAUUGUUUUUGUACAUGAGUGAAUGAUUAAAUUUGAAAAACACCGUAAAAAAAAAAAGAUGUAAAGUUGUGUUUC